AUGGCAUCGAAGGUUCCGGUUGUGACUUUUAAUAACGGAAAAUCUAUUCCCGUUUUAGGAUUGGGAACAUGGAAGUCGAAGCCUGGCGAGGUUACUCAAGCUGUCAAGGACGCCAUAGACAUCGGCUACCGUCACAUCGACUGCGCGUAUGUCUAUGGCAACGAGAAGGAGGUGGGGGAGGCUCUCACCGCGAAGAUCAACGAGGGAGUCGUGAAACGGGAGGACCUCUUUAUUACAUCUAAACUGUGGAAUACCUUCCACCGUCCCGACCUGGUGCGCGAUGCUCUCCUCAAGACCUUGGAGAACCUCAACCUGAAGUAUUUGGACCUGUAUUUGAUACAUUGGCCCCAGGCUUACAAGGAAGGAGGCGAUCUGUUCCCAGAAGAUGCGUCAGGUAAGAUCCAGUUCUCAGAUGUGGACUAUGUGGACACUUGGAAGGCGCUCGAGCCUCUACAAAAGGAGGGUCUUGUGAAGAGUCUCGGAGUCUCCAACUUCAACUCCAAGCAGCUGACGAGGCUGCUAGAAAGUGCCACUAUUAAACCUGUCACCAACCAGGUCGAAUGCCAUCCAUACCUGAACCAGUCUCGUCUGAAGGCAUUCUGCGAGGAGCGGGACAUUGUGAUUACGGCCUACUCCCCCCUGGGUUCACCGGACAGGCCCUGGGCCAAGCCCGAUGAGCCCCAGCUCCUCGAGGACCCCAAACUGAAGGCCGUCGCUGAGCGUCUAGGCAAGACUGUUGCACAAAUCCUCAUCAGGUACCAGAUCGACAGCGGAAACAUCGUGAUCCCUAAGUCGGUGAACAAGUCGCGCAUCGCCAGCAACUUCCAGGUGCUGGACUUCAAACUGUCCCGGGAGGACCUGGAUCUCAUCAACAGCUUCGACUGCAACGGUCGUUUCGUGCCCAUGACUGCAUCGCUGGGCCACAAGGACCAUCCCUUCGAAAACGAUGAAUUCUAG